AUGGGAAACUGGAAAAGAUCCCAGGUAGCGCCUCCGUUGACACUUGACGAAGAGAAAGAGGAAGAUGUUGCUGCUCCUGAUGAUAAUGACAAGAAGGAAUGCACUCUUUUUUACUCGGCAGACUUUUCAGUUUUUGAACCACUGUACGAACCAGAACCAAAACCUGUGUCGGAUCCUCCUGCAGCACCAGCCCAUCCACAGACUGACCAAAGCGUCAGUACCAAAAAAGACUCCACUAAAGCAACUCCGGCGCCGACCACGCAGAAAAAAGAGGAAAAAUCAGCAGCUGAAGUUACUAAACAAUCAACCAGUCAGGCUGCGAGACGAUCAUCUUAUGGAACAAUUGGAAAAGACGGAAACCAUAUUCCAACACAGCCGUCACUAAACUCUAGAACUGCAAGUCACCAGAAGCUGGUAACUUACCCGCAGCAGAAAGUGUUCACGAAGGAUAUAGACUUGGUGUUGUUUGGAGCCUCAGGGUUCACGGGGAGACUAGCUUGUCUCUACUUGGCCGACCACCCUGACAAAGCACUAGUCAGUAAUUUACACAUUGCUAUUGCAGGUCGAAGCAAGGAAAAGUUAAAACACCUGCGCAAUGAAAUGAUAGCGAUCAAUAGUUUCAUGGGCCGAGUUAGUAUUCUCUACGCCAAUGCAUUCGACACCGAGGAACUGGACAGAAUAACUUCCAAAACCAGAUGUCUGCUGAACUUCGCUGGUCCAUACACGUGGUAUGGCAGCCAAGUAGUGGAGAGUUGUGUUAGAAACAUGUGUCAUUACGUAGAUUUGUCUCUUGAGUUGCCGUGGGUGAUGAAGAUGAUCGGAAAGCACCAAGCGAAAGCUGUCAAGAACAAGACUAGGGUGGUGAAUGCGUGUGGAUUCAACUCUGUCGUGAGUGACUUGGGAGUGCUGAGUGUUGUGGCCCACAUGAAGAAUGUUCUCAAGGAGGAGCCCUCUGAAUGUCUUGGUCUAGUCGCACACAUGAAGACAGGUGUGUCCGGGGUGUCUCCGGCGGACUGGAUGGUGGAGAACCUGCACAAGGAGUUCCAGUCCUACUACGACGAGAUGAGAGCAGACCCCCAGUACUACAACCCAGAACACCUCAAGACCUACAGGGACCCCCCGGACCCAGUCAACGCUGUCUACAUGAAGGACAUCAAACUAUGGACGAGUCCGAAUACUGCAGGUCCCGUGAACUCGAGAGUGGUGCGGCGAAGCAGUUCCCUCCUGAGUUAUGGCGACAAGUUCACCUACACCGAAGUCGUCAUGAAUGCCAACUGGAUGAGUGCCAAACUGUCCAGCAAAAUGUCCUUCAAAAGUUCCCAAGGUAUUAAACAUGGAGACCCGGUUGAUCCGAGAACUGGCUUCAAGAACUGCUCUUUUGAGAUGCGCAUCAUCGGAAAAUCACCUCACACGCCAAUGAAGCGAGUAGUGUGUGAAGUGAAGGGAAGUAUGGACCCAGAGUACCAACUGACCUCCCGGAUGACAAUUGAGGCGGGCAUAUUGCUCUCCAAAUUCCACGAGUCGCUCCCCUUGCACGGAAAAGACGCCUAUGGAUUCCACACUCCCGCAACUGCCCUCGGAUUUCCAUUCAGAGAACGACUUAAACAGUACGCUGGGGUGACUUUUAAUAUCGAGGAGACGUCACUUCCUUCGUGA